AUUAAUAUCUCUUGGAUCCGUGUGCUUGACUUUACAGGGCUUUCGGACCUGCAACCCCCCAUCCAUCUGCUCUCGUCAGAAUCCUCCAAGGCAAAGAUCAUGCGGCCUAGUACACUCGUUCUCCCCUUGGCAGUCUUGGCAGGGUCCGUCACUUCGAGAGUGACAGCGUUGGAUGGCCGCAGGCUGCAAAGUCGCGAGACUCCCCAAGAUAUAUCCCCAAACAAGGAUUCGGGUGCGUACCGCAGCGUCGCCUACGUGACCAACUGGAGCAUCUACGGCGCAAAGUUCCUGCCGGAGCAGAUUGCAGUGGAUAGCAUUUCGCAUGUCCAGUAUGCGUUUGCAGACAUUCUUACCAACGGAACUGUCGUAUCAUCCGACGCAUGGGCAGACACUCAGAAGCAGUUUGGCAAUGGUACGCAAGGGGGAGGCAACUCGAACGACGCUCACGGGCUCGUGGAGCAGCUGUACAAGAUCAAGCAGGCGAACCGCAACAUCAAGAUUUUACUCUCCAUCGGCGGCUACACAUGGUCGCCCAAGUUCGUCCCCGUGGCGGCCGACCCGGUCAAGCGAGCUGCCUUUGUCUCGUCGGCCGUGACGCUCAUGGGCGAUUGGGGCAUGGACGGCCUCGACGUCGACUGGGAGUACCCCGACACCAACGAGACCAACAAGAACUGCGUGCUGCUCUUGAAGGAGCUGCGAAAGGGGCUCGACGACUACUCGCAGCAGCACACCAACGGCCAGUACAAGUUCUCGCUGAGCAUGCCGGCGCCCGCUGGUCCGACGCACUACGCGGCGUUUGACUUCAAGGCCAUGGACGCCAACCUGGAUUUUUGGUCAAUCAUGGCUUUUGACUUUGCCGGGUCUUGGGACAACACGACAGGCCACCAGGCCAACGUCUACCCAGGCCCUUACCCCACCACCAAGGCGAGCAUCAACGUCGCCGUGUCCGACUACGUCAAGGGUGGCGUGUCUGCGGGAAAGAUCAACCUCGGACUUCCGCUGUACGGACGAUCGUUUGACAAGACGACGGGGCUUGGCAAGUCCUAUACGGCCUCGACGACGGGUAGCAUCGAGGGCCAGGCGGGAAUAUGGAUCUACAAGGAUCUGCCGCGGACCGGGGCCACGGUUCUCUACGACGACGUGGCCAAGGCGUCGUACACCAUGGACAACUCGACGGGCGAGCUGAUAACGUACGACGAUCUCAAAUCCGUGCAGUUCAAGUCCGAGUACAUCAAGGAGAAGCAGAUUGGGGGAGUCAUGUUUUGGGAGUCAUCGCAGGACAAAGCUGGGAACGAUAGUAUCGUGAGGAACAUGGCCAAGUUCCUGGGGAAGCUGGAGAGCGCGCAAAACUGGCUCUCUUACCCUGCGUCACAGUAUGCCAAUAUUAAGAAUAAUAUGGGCAAAAGCGUUUAA